UCGCGGUGACGUCACGGGCGCGCCGCUCUCCACCGGGAGGCGCCGUCACCAUGUUUGGGGAUGUCGCGGCGCCCGGCGUGAACCUCGAGUCGCUGUGGAGGAGCGGCCGCGGCGCGCCCAGCGGGGCGAAAAGCUGCCAGACUGGGAAAAUCUCAACAGCAGAAGCUGCGGUACAGGCUUACACUUCCCAAGAUGCUGGUGUGCAGACAGAUCAGAGGACAGAUGCUGUCCGAGACUUCCAGCAAGAACCCCAAGUAGAUUAUGCUAGCCUUCUGUCAUUCCUUCAGAGAGUGGAGGAUGGUGUUGUCAAAGAGCUGAACAAAAACUGGAAGAGCCGUGCCUUUGAUGGCUUUGAAGUGAACUGGACAGAUCAGAAUGAAACAGUGGUGUGUUUGCAUACGUUAUCGUACCCGGAGGCUCGGAAUCAAAACCUACAGGUUACCAGUGUCUCCUGGAAUGCAACUGGAUCCGUUAUUGCCUGUUCGUAUGGCCGGCUGGAUGAUGGGGACUGGAGCACGGAAAAAUCCUAUGUCUGUACCUGGAACCUGGACAGAAGAGGGUUGAAUCCACAGCGCCCUGACCUAAUGGUGGAUGUUCCCAGUUCCGUCAUGUGCCUGGCUUUCCACCCCUCCCAGCCUUCUCUGAUAGCUGGUGGCCUGUUCACUGGGGAGGUGGUGGUAUGGGAUACCAGCAGAAGAGAGGACCCCGUGAUCUGGAGGACGGGGAUGACAGAUGACACUCACACCGAUCCGGUCUAUCAGGUUAACUGGGUACCUGACGCUGAGCCCAGGGCCCACGGGCAGCUGUGGAGCGUGUCAACAGAUGGGAAGAUCCUGGUGUGGAGGGAGGAGCGGGACGGCCGGCUUGCCUUGGCCGCAGGAUUCGCCGUGAUGGCUCAGCAGAUCCCACGCAGCGCUCGGCUGAAGAAGUUCACCUGCGGCGAGGCAGCUGUGGGCAUCACCUCGCUCUCUUUCUCACCCUUUGAUCCCCAUGUGUUUGUGGUGGGUGUGGAAGGCGGCUGCUCCCUGAGGUGCUCUGCGGCAGCCGAGGCGCUGGCUCUCCAUCGGCCGGGCAGUUCCGUUCCCCUCAAAGCGCCGGCAGAACUUGCCUUCUCCCCACACGGUGGGCUCGUCUACUCCGUGAGCUGCUCGCCCUUCCACAGGAACCUCUUCCUGAGCUGUGGGACUGACGGACAAGUUCACCUGCACUCCCUGCUGCAGCCAGAACCCCUCCUUUCCCUGCAGCUAUCAAAGAAAUACCUCUUCUGUGUGCGCUGGUCUCCAGUUCGGCCCCUGCUCUUUGCAGCUGCAUCUGGGGAAGGGGAUGUGCACCUGGUUGACCUGGAGAAGAGCUCGCAGAAGCCUGCCCUGUCCCUGGCACAGGUGGCAGGCGGAGGCCCCGUCUACUGCUUGGAGUUCAACAGGCAGCAGCCCCAGCUCCUGGCGGCAGGGGAUGCUGCCGGCACGGUCAGAGUCUGGCAGCUGAGCUCUGACUUCACGGAGCAGCAGCCCAGGGAAAAGACUCGGCUGGAGCAGCUGGCGAGCGAGAUCACGGACUGAAGCAGCAGAACUGCUGCCUGGAGCUCCGCACUGCUCUGACUCGGGAAAGGAGCUGCUGUGAGAACAGCCAUUGCCCCUUUGCAACGACGUCAGUUCUUGGUGUGCAAAAGACCUCCCAGCAACUCCCCAGAGGACACGGACCUAAGGCUUUGCAAGAGAGAAACAGAGGGUGCCACCCUUGUACCU